ACAUUUUAUUUUGAUUUUCUCACAUCCUAGAGGUGUUCAGUGUCCACUUCACAAGUCUUCAUCCUUAUACGCGGCGUGUCUCCGGAGGGAGUAACGAGUAACGAGCAACGAGCAACAAAGGUUUAACGGUCACGUGCUUGGUUAAGGGCUGCUUCUCCACCCAAUUCCCCUUCCUUCGCCGGUAACCUAACCGUACUGCAACUCCGCGCUUCUUCCCGAUCUCUGCUGUAUCUAGGUUUUUUCGAACUUCAUGGCUUCCCCUGCUCGUUUCGACGAUGAUUUCGAUUUCGGAGGUGAAAUUGGCGGAAGACAAUCAGGUAAUAAGAGACCAUCGCCGGAUUUCGAUGAUGAAGAUUAUGACAACGAUCCUUUUGCACCGAAGAAGGCCAAAACUAAAGCUGAAGAAACUGCUUCUGGUGUAACAACAGGAAUGAUCUUGUCACUUCGAGAAAGCCUCCAGAUCUGUAAAGAUCAGCUUGCAACAUGCCAAAAUGAGCUCGAGGCUGCAAAGUCUGAGAUUCAGAGUUGGCACUCAUCAAUUCAAAAUGAGCCUGUUGUGCGUGCCGGGGCUACUCCAGAGCCAAAAAUGUUGAUUGAUUAUCUUCAUGCCCUGAAAUCAUCUGAAGAGUCAUUGAGAGAGCAGCUUGAAAAAGCGAAGAAAAAAGAAUCGGCGUUCAUUAAAACAUUUGCAAAACGGGAACAAGAGAUAGCAGAGUUGAAAUCUGCUGUUCGUGAUCUGAAAAUACAACUCAAGCCGCCAUCGAUGCAGGCAAGAAGGUUGUUACUAGAUCCAGCUGUUCAUGAAGAGUUCACACGAUUGAAGAACUUAGUGGAGGAAAAGGAAAAAAAAGUAAAGGAGUUGCAAGAUAACAUUUCUGCAAUAACUUUUACUUCCCAAAGUAAGAUGGGGAAGAUGCUGAUGGCUAAAUGUAGAACCCUGCAAGAAGAAAAUGAGGAGAUUGGAAAUCAAGCUUCUGAGGGAAAGAUACAUGAAUUAACAAUGAAGCUUGCAUUGCAGAAGUCCCAAAAUGCACAACUCAGAAUUCAAUUUGAAGGAUUGCAGAAGCAUAUGGAAGGACUGACAAAUGAUGUGGAGAGAUCAAAUGAAACGGUUCUUAUGUUUCAAGAGAAGCUAGAAGAGAAAGAUCAGGAGAUCCAAAGACUGAAAAAUGAACUCCAGCAAAAUAACUUAACAGAGGAUGGAAGAUCUGAUGAAACUUUAAAUAAGAGUGAGGGUGAUAAGAUGAUGACCGAGGAGGCUGCAAAUGAAUUAACUUCUGUUUAAUUUGUUUACCCAGGAAACGUUUUUUUUAUAAGUUUCUACCUGUGGUUGUAUAUUAUAUUGAUUGAUCUUGAUCUAAAUAUUUUUGAAAAGGAUUAUAUCGAUCUUGAUUUAUUCGAUUUGAUA